AUGUUGAUGGAGCAGUCGGCUGGUGUCAAACUUCUUUUUUUCUGGCGUUUUCACUUUGGUGCCGUUCUUCCUGGUGGGGCGGUUACCAUCCCUCAUGAUGUACUCGUGUUCCUUCUUUCCCCUUCUUUUUCUUUUUCCUCACUUGGCGUCUGCCAAAUAAAAUCCAGGCAAUAUCCGAGAUGCUUGUUGAAUUUUCAACCUUACAACUGUGGCUUAUAUGCUGCAGACGGUUAG